GCUAUACAAACCACCCCGCGCCCCAUAUCGACAUCUUCGCCGCAAUCUCGAUUUCGCCCGCUCUCCUCUGUCCCCUCCCGAGCUCUCUUCAAACUCUGCACAUCGUUCGCCAUGGCUUCGGGCUACGAUCGCGCGCUCUCAGUCUUCAGUCCCGAUGGUCACGUCUUCCAGGUCGAGUAUGCGUUGGAGGCUGUCAAGCGAGGUACAUGCGCGGUGGGCGUCAAGGGCAAGGACAUCGUGGUGCUAGGAUGUGAAAAGAGGUCGGCAAUGAAGCUCCAGGAUACGCGGAUCACGCCUUCCAAGAUUGGCCUUGUUGAUACCCACGUCGCGCUUGCUUUCGCUGGACUGAACGCGGAUGCCCGCAUCCUGGUCGACAGGGCUCGCCUGGAGGCACAGUCACAUCGCUUGACGGUUGAGGAUCCCGUGUCAAUAGAGUACAUUACCAAAUACAUUGCCGGUGUGCAGCAGAGGUACACCCAGAGUGGUGGUGUGCGGCCUUUCGGUAUCAGUACGCUGAUUGUCGGUUUUGACCCCAACGACAAGACGCCGCGCCUGUACCAGACCGAGCCGUCGGGCAUCUACUCGGCAUGGAAAGCAAACGCUAUCGGCCGAUCGAGCAAGACGGUGCGCGAGUUCCUCGAGCGAAACCACAAGGACGACCUGGACCGGGAAGAGACGAUCAAGCUUACGGUCAAGUCGCUGCUCGAGGUGGUGCAGACGGGUGCGAAGAAUAUCGAGAUCGCCAUCACGGCGCCCGGCAAGCCACUCGAGAUGCUUCCGGUGGAGGCCAUCGAGAAGUAUGUGGAGGACAUCAAUACGGAGAAGCAGGAGGAGGCCGCAAGCAGGAGGCCCGGUCGCGGAGGCCAGGCCGCCAUUCCGUCACGGCCUGCUGGAGAGGCUACGGGAUCGGCGGCAUAGAGUGGUUACAAGGAGACACAAUGGAGGAAAACAGAUGGGCGCAUGAAUAGCAUUGGCGUCUGGUAGACUUCCCAGAUGGUAUACGACAGCUACGAUCAGCUAGUGCUUCAAAUGGCAUAUCUAGCAUAUGAACCUCGCCCGCCUCGCCUCUCGCGACGCGGGGUCCUGCACCCCGCAACCGCGUACUGC